AUGGCUGCAGUCUUCGGUGUGUCCCCUCCUCGUAAGUCUGGGUUGCUCAUCGGUGUUGCUGCUAGGCAGCAGACACCAAAGCCGACCGCACCCAGCGAUCAGCCAGUUUUACCGGCUGUUCUUUCUCCUCAUCAGACAAGACGAAGCUGCAGACUCGCCCAGGCAAAGAAAGCUAAGGAGCCCACCUCACCUGAUCCCGACACAGUCAUGGGGGUUGACAGCACCGUCCGGGACCUUUUGUUGUCCAUCACAUCACUAGAUAAGCUCACAUGUCGGACGUUGAACACAUUAAAGGAAAGAUGUCGUGAGCGUAAAUGUACUGAUGAGAGGAUGCACAUCCAAGUCGAUGUCGAGAAAUUCCAUGACUGGUAUGGGGAAGUUGUCGAAGGCGGAUGUGUUGGGGUUGAAUAUCACGCAGAUCUCGGAGAGAUCAUUGUGGUAGUAGCUCCCUCCGAAUUACAUCAAGGCUUGGAGAAAAUCAUGGCGUCUUGGUUUGACUAUGUGGGUGCACAUGUCAGCACCCCGAGCAACACUUACUCCAGUUGUCGCCAGUCAGAAAUAUCGCUCCGAGAUUCUGAGAAUGGCACCAUAAAGAUUGUGGAUGCUUGUUUGAUGAGCAGCAGCUUGCACAAACAGUUCCCACUCAUUGCUGUCGAAGUUGGCUUCACUCAGCCUCUCGCCGACCUCUUCGAUGAUGCCGAAAGACUGUUUCGUGGCUCGUAUGGAAAAAUCCAAGUUGUAAUCCUCAUCAAGAUAUAUGAGACGAAUCGGCACAACAAGAAUGAGUUCCCUUGGGGAAUCCAGGCACAUGAUAUUGAUUCACUCCGCACCAUGGAUAAGGCCGAGGCCCUUGCUCCUGCAAUCGAACAGUGGUAUCAUGACCAAAAAUUGGCGUUGAUUGGUGACCUGGAAGUUCAGGUAUGUUGGUACCAUCGUUGUCGGAAAAGCAGACCAACCCCGCCUAUCUACGAGUUCAAACGCCACCCACACUUACGUCCACCACUUGGGUCAUUUGUGUCGAAUUUCAAAAAGGGCCCGGGCACAUACCUUGAUGACAAGUUUAGACUUGAGCUAGAGGGCCAGCGCUUCACCCUCCCAAUGAAGGAGCUGGAGGACGGCCUCUGCGACAGCAUCAAUCGGGAGAAGAACAGGUGGAUUAGUGGAAUGAUCAAGGACGCUGGUGUUUGA